AUGAAUAUCUUUAAGAACCAGAAACUUGGUUCAGAAAAUAGUUAUAGCGCUAGAAAACCAUUUGAAGCUAUAUUUGUCUCCAGUUCGAAGAAGCAUGAUGUUUGCGAUCCACUAAUUGUAAUCCUUCACGGGGGCCCUCAUUCUGUCUCCACAUCAGGCUUUUCGAAGUCCUUAGCAUUCCUUGCCUCACUUGGUUACAGCUUACUGAUUGUAAAUUAUAGAGGUUCAUUGGGAUUUGGUGAGGAAGCAUUGCAAUCUCUUCCAGGGAAAGUUGGGUCACAGGACGUCAAUGAUGUUCUCACUGCUAUAGAUUAUGUCAUUGACAAGGGACUUGCAAACCCAUCUAAAAUAGCUGUGGUUGGUGGUUCUCAUGGUGGCUUUUUGACAACACACUUGAUUGGUCAGGCUCCAGAUAAGUUUGUUGCAGCUGCCGCAAGGAAUCCUGUCUGUAACCUCGCUUUGAUGGUGGGUACAACUGAUAUACCUGAUUGGGCUUAUGUGGAGGCAUACGGAAGUGGGGGGAAGUCUAGCUUUACAGAAGCCCCCUCACCUGAACAGCUCGCUCUCUUCCACCAAAAAUCUCCUAUUGCACACCUCUCAAAGGUCAAAACUCCUACAAUUUUUCUUUUAGGUGCGCAGGAUCUUCGCGUCCCAGUUUCUAAUGGAUUGCAAGUAAGACUCCACACCUCUUCUGCAUCUGUACCCUUCAUGGGGAGCCUUACUUAUUCGGUGGCUAAUCUGGUACUGAGUUCUUGGUGCAUGCUCGAGGACUUACCCAGCCUCGAGCAGUAUGCACGGGCACUGAAGGAGAAGGGUGUUGAAACCAAAGUCAUUGUGUUUCCAAAUGAUGUUCAUGGAAUUGAUAGACCGCAGUCCGACUUCGAGAGCUUCCUUAAUAUUGGAGUGUGGUUCAAGAACGAUCUCUCUCAGCAUCACUCACAGAUCGACGAAGCCCCUCAGCUACUCUCUUCUCUUCUCUGUCUCAGCAAGCUCUCUCAGCACCACUCACAGAUCGAUGAAGAAGGCUUACCUCAAGAAGAAGGGACUUCCACUCAUAGAUCGACGAAGAAGGAACUUCCUUUCGCUGUGAAGGUAAGUGUCAUCCGCUUACUUGUAUAG